UGGGAAUUCCACAAACAAACGUCACACGUCCCAGGUGUUGCUGUUUCCCCAAAAUAAUAAUUCUUUGGGCAUUCUAUUUUUCAAAAUUCCUCCCAAGAUUAAUUGUUUAAAAAAAAAAUGAGCGGUUUACUGAAGCUGCACUCGGCCACCAUCAAAAACUGCUUGAAUCAAACCCUAAACAAGACAAAUCUAGCCCCAAUAUCGAGAUCGCUGCACAUAAAUGUCGACAGGCAAAAUGCUAAGCAGUGUGACUCUGGAGCAGGUUCAACUGCGUAUCCUUGUAUCGAUCACACGUACGAUGCUGUAGUGGUGGGUGCCGGUGGAGCAGGGCUCCGAGCAGCUUUCGGACUGGUCGCUGAAGGCUUCAAGACCGCAGUGAUCACUAAACUUUUCCCUACCAGAUCGCACACGGUCGCUGCACAAGGCGGUAUCAAUGCUGCAUUGGGUAAUAUGGAAUCAGACCAAUGGCAAUGGCACAUGUACGAUACCGUAAAAGGUUCAGAUUGGCUGGGCGACCAAGAUGCCAUCCACUACAUGACCCGCGAAGCCCCCAAAGCAGUAAUCGAACUGGAAAACACCGGAAUGCCCUUUUCCAGAACUACCGAAGGCAAAAUUUACCAGCGCGCCUUCGGCGGACAAUCCCUAAAGUUCGGCAAAGGGGGUCAGGCGCAUCGGUGCUGUUGCGUGGCCGACAGAACCGGACACAGUUUACUGCACACUUUGUACGGACAAAGUUUAAAGUACGAUUGUCAUUAUUUUGUUGAGUAUUUUGCUUUGGAUUUGAUUAUUGAGAAUGGGGAAUGUGUUGGAGUGACGGCCUUGUGUCUAGAAGAUGGUACCAUACAUAGGUUUAAAGCUAAAAACACUGUUUUAGCUACUGGUGGCUAUGGUAGAGCAUAUUUCUCGUGCACAUCAGCUCAUACUUGUACAGGAGAUGGUACUGCAAUGGUAGCCAGAGCGGGAUUGCCAAGUCAAGAUUUAGAAUUCGUCCAGUUUCAUCCUACAGGAAUCUACGGAGCUGGUUGUUUGAUUACAGAAGGUUGUAGAGGCGAAGGCGGUUACUUAAUAAACUCACAAGGCGAGCGUUUUAUGGAACGUUACGCCCCUGUAGCCAAAGAUUUAGCUUCAAGAGACGUUGUCAGUCGAAGUAUGACUUUAGAAAUCCGAGAAGGCCGCGGUUGCGGUCCAGACAAAGACCACGUCUAUUUGCAGCUGCACCAUUUGCCCGCUGAACAACUUCAUCAAAGGUUACCGGGAAUUUCGGAAACCGCAAUGAUUUUUGCCGGUGUUGACGUAACCAGAGAACCCAUUCCAGUGUUACCAACCGUACAUUACAACAUGGGCGGAGUGCCUACCAACUAUAAAGGGCAAGUUUUGACCACUUGCGAUGGUCAAGAUACAAUCGUGCCUGGAUUGUAUGCUUGUGGGGAGGCAGCAUCUUCUUCGGUGCAUGGAGCUAAUAGGUUGGGGGCGAAUUCGCUUUUGGAUUUGGUUGUUUUCGGUCGGGCUUGUGCCCUUACUAUUGCCGAGGAACACAAACCUGGAGAAGCUAUUGGCAGUAUGAAAGCUAAUGCAGGAGAAGAAAGUGUUGCCAACUUAGAUUGGUGCAGAUACGCCAACGGCUCAAUCCCCACUGCCAAUUUACGAUUGCAAAUGCAAAAAACCAUGCAAACGCACGCCGCUGUUUUCAGACAGGAAGAUUCACUCAGAGAGGGCGUCGACAAAAUGAAGGGUCUCUACAAACAAAUGGGUGAUUUAAAGGUUUCAGACAACAGUCUUAUUUGGAACUCAGACCUUGUGGAAACUUUGGAACUUCAAAAUUUAAUGCUUAACGCAAUGAUGACGAUAGUUAGUGCGGAAAAUCGAAAAGAAUCCAGAGGGGCGCAUGCAAGAGAGGAUUACAAAACUAGAAGUGAUGAGUUUGAUUAUAGUAAACCACUCGAAGGCCAACAAAAGAAACCGUUGGAACAGCACUGGAGGAAACAUACCUUGACAGAUAUCGAUGCUAAAACAGGAGCAGUUUCUAUAAGAUAUAGAGAAGUUAUUGAUAAAACUUUAGACGAAGCCGAAUGUAAAACUGUACCUCCUGCUAUUAGAUCUUAUUAAUUAUUAUUUUAUAUAUUUUAAUUAUUGCACAAUUACAUUUUGGUACUGCUAUGAUACAAAUGAAGUAUUUUUUUUUCUUGUCAAAAAAUAGAUUUAUAGUUAAUUUAUUGCAAUGUACAAUGUUAUAUAGUAUAAAUUUCGCGGUGGUACAAAUGUGAAUAAUUAAUUAAAUUAUGCCUAAGUUUGUUUGUAAUUAUUAUUUUCAUUAAAGGAAAUUUAUUGUUUUA